GAGGGCAGAAGUAGCUUAGGGAAACUUUUCCAUCACGUAACAGCUCCCAUCAGGGACAGAUCCUGCACGGAACUGUUUUCUUUAUACCAACAUAGACAUAUCCGCAAAAAGUCCAGGUUCUUAAGGUUUCUUAUGAAACUGUUUGACGUGGAGUUUCCUGGGCACAGUUCCAAGACUCAACCCCCAGUACAGGGAGGGGGUACCUCUGUGCCCUGCUUUGGUGAGAAUGCAUUUAGCCAAACCUCCGAGGGAGUUCCACCACUGACUUGUCCAAUCCUAUUUAUUAUUGAAUAAGACGGGGCCUGUUUAUUCACCCCAGCAGUGAUCAGUAUUUCCACCUCAGAGCUACAGCAGAAAAUAAAUGGUGCAGAAGGCUGGUGAGGAAGAGGAAAAGCUGCAAAAACUCCUGGGUGGCAUUUACUCCUCCCAUCUGCACCUCCUGGCGUAUUCCAGCCCUCCUUUCCAGCCAAAGAGCCCAUGGGCAGCCAGGAAGCUCUGCCUCAAGCUUGUAGUGAAUUUGCUAAGCUAGGUAAUUUUGUGGGAAAACGAUGUGUUUCCUCUGGGGUAUCAGAAACAACGGACGGCUUUCAGGUGCCUCGUUCCGCUGUAGGUGUUGCAUUUGUGUCUGAUGCUUCCUUAAGAUUUCAUUUAUAAAAGCUGAUGCAAAAAUCCUAAAUGCUGUUGUAUUCCCAGCUAGCAUGUUAGCAAAGCUUGGCUAUAGAAACGGAUUCCUGAAUACUUUGGUGCUAUGGUUCACCAGUGGUGGUCGGGGUUUCUUUUUACUAUUUUUUUUUUUAAAUAAUUUUUAAAUUCAGCUAUUUUUUUCAAGAUAAAAAUCUAGUCUUUCCUCACAUUUUUUAGAUUUUCUCAGCCUUAAAGGAUAAAUACCUUAUUACAGCUGUACAAAAUUAAACUGCAUGACCAAAGGCAACAGGAGGGCGUCUUAUGGCUUCUAUUUAAGGUACGUCAGGGAUCGCGUUUGUAGUAGCUGUGACGAAGCACAGACGUGAGUCUCCCAGUUUAUCCCAGUUUAUUCUCUAAGGGCUAAGCUGCCUGCUAAGGGUGGAUUUUGUGGGAGAUUGAUCUAAAUGCAGUUUUUGAGUGAGUCUGGCGUUUCUUAGAGGUCCCGGAGCCAUAGGUAUGGAAGCUCUUUCCUCUUCAGAAAAGGAUUGAAAUGCUGAAAUAAAUAGCGUAUGAGGUAAAAGUGGCUCAGAGAGUCAGAGACCAUGCAGAGCUCCUGUGCUAUUCAGAACAGGAAGAGUGUGUAGCACUUUCUGUGCAGCCUCCUCCUGUGUCUGGUGUCAUUGCAUCAGCAGCCUGUGAGUUUGGGGUUUUUUUUGUGGUAUUUACUUUUUAUUCCCUAUGGGCACAUCUGGACAAGAUGUGAGUGUUGAUAGUACAACAACCAUCUGCUUCCAGGAUCACGGUAGAUGGAUUCUUUUAAUAUAGCGCCUGAACACCGGCGGCAUGAAGCAAAAGGGCAGUUGCUGCUGGUACAGCACUGGAGCUUGUUUCUAUCGUGCAAUUCUGCAGUUCUUGACUUCAGACUCAGCAGUUUGCCAAUGCCACAGAACAAACCCCGGAUGAUAUUUUAUAGCCAGCCUAAGCAUCAUGGUGUAAAGCUUCGUAGCUCUGGCCAUCUGGAGACCCAUUUCUCCCCAGAUGUGUCUGAGCUGUGCUGGGUUCCCUGGAGGAACAAGACCCUUUCUUCUAACCUGGCCGUCUUGCAGAGCGAGGCAGGCUGCAAUAAGGAGAACAUGGCAGACAAGCUCAAGGACGCAGGCGCCAUAAGUUUCCUGGAAGCAGCGGUGAAGAUCAGCCACACAUCGCCAGACAUCCCCGCAGAGGUCCAGAUGUCCAUGAAAGACCACAUCAUGCGGCGCACGCGGAUCCAGAGGCAAACAACGGAGCCAGCGUCUUCCACCAGGCACAUCUCCUUCAAAAGGCACCUUCCUCGGCAAAUGCAUGUAUCCAGCAUGGACUACGGCAUGGACCCACCAGCUGUGGCUGAGCAGCCGACCAGCAUAGGUCGCAUUAAGCCCGAACUCUAUAAGCAAAAAUCUGUUGACUCUGAGGACCCAAAAAAAGAGGCAGCAAAAACCUGCGGGAAAAUUAAUUUUACUCUCAAGUAUGACUACGAGAAUGAGACGCUGACUGUCCGAAUUCUCAGGGCUUUUGACUUGCCAGCCAAAGACUUCUGUGGCAGCUCAGAUCCCUAUGUGAAGAUCUACCUCCUGCCUGACAGAAAGCGCAAGUUCCAGACACGAGUUCACAGGAAGACUCUGAAUCCCACCUUUGAUGAGUCCUUCCAUUUCCCUGUGCCCCACGAGGAGCUGGCGAGCAGGAAGCUCCACCUGAGCGUCUUUGACUUUGACAGGUUCUCCAGACAUGACAUGAUAGGAGAAGUUAUCUUGGAGAACCUGUUUGAGGCCUCAGACCUUUCCCGGGAGACUUCCAUCUGGAAGGACAUUCAGUAUGCCACGACGGAAAGCGUGGACCUGGGAGAGAUCAUGUUUUCCCUUUGUUAUUUGCCAACUGCAGGUCGCCUCACCUUAACAGUCAUUAAAUGCAGGAAUCUCAAAGCUAUGGAUAUCACUGGUUACUCAGAUCCAUAUGUCAAAGUGUCUUUGCUCUGUGAUGGGCGAAGACUGAAAAAGAAGAAAACCACCAUAAAGAAAAACACACUUAAUCCCACUUACAAUGAAGCAAUAAUCUUUGACAUCCCCCCAGAGAACAUGGAUCAAGUCAGUCUGCUUAUCUCCGUCAUGGAUUAUGAUCGAGUGGGUCACAAUGAGAUUAUCGGGGUUUGCCGUGUGGGGGUCAAUGCGGAAGGACUGGGCAGAGACCACUGGAAUGAGAUGCUGGCAUACCCACGCAAGCCCAUCGCACACUGGCAUCCACUAGUGGAGGUAAAGAAGUCUUUCAAAGAGUGGCAAGGCCGGGCAGCGAGCUUUGACAGCCAGGGCUCCUGCCCCUCGCCUAAACCACCACCCACACCGUGAUCCAGCGUGCGACGAGUCAAACGGGACGAAACCGAGUUAUUUCUGCACUUGGCCAACAGUCUCAGUAAUUUGUUGCUGAGUGGCAGUGGCAGCAGUGAGACUUUUUGGUCUAGUUGUUCCUGCGUAAGUAAGGGCAGAAACCCGUUUUAUGGUCAAAUAUGUCUUUGUCUAAUAUGUCUCCCAAGGUGAUUUUUUUUUUGUGGCUUUUACUGUACGGAUCUGUUUCCAGAGGAAGACGGUGGACUGAGACAUGAGC